GUUUGCGUUUUCAAUGCUGUUUGCGUUCUGGACCAGAAGCCAUCUGCGAUUCAGUAUGACAUGACGCAGUGGUGGACAGAGUUUGGCCAAAAAGAGCUUUUUCCACAAGCUUCCUUUGAGAUCACUGAUGAAGAUUAUGAAGACUCAGAUGACGACGAGGAUGACGAGAAAGUAGAAGCUACCACGGCACAAAAAGUCGAUGCUGAAGUGUCUGAGACCAUGCAAGACGUUGAGGUGCUUGCAGGUCUGGAGAAAGAGUUUCAGCGUGUUGUGGAGGGAGAAGCGGAUGUCCAACUGCCAGAUCUUGACAUGGAUCCUGACACUGAUGAGGAAACCAUUUCAGAUCCUGAUCCGAAGCGAUCAAAGCCAGAUGAAACCAUGGGGGAUGUGCGAACCCUGAAAGAUGCACUGAGGAAGGCUGGCUUCCAAGACUAUGUACCAUCAGUGAACUCAGAGAAAGCGUUGAAUGAGAGGAUGCAACGCCUCUUCCCAGUCACAAUGGAGUUUGGGGUGCUCAUGAGGCUGUCAGAUGGCAUCUUGUCAAGGGCUUCUGUGGUAGGAGUUUCGCAGAAGUGCCGACAGAACAAUUUGGCAGAGCACGCCCUUGCGGUUGCAAGAGCAGCCCAUGCCUGUCAUGCAGGGCGACAAUCACGGUUCGCCCUAUGGGCAGCCUAUUCUGAUCGUUGUGUAGAAGCCAGUGAAGCUGGGGGCGCGGCAAAAAUCGUGAAGAUUGGCCCAGCUGUCAAACCAGACGCCUCUGGAUUCUUGCCGCGUCAGAUGCGUUCUCCAGUGGUGACCUUGGAUGCACACGAUGGAUCGCUGGUUUUUGAGAUCCCUGCAGAUCAGUUCAAGCUGAAGAGUACACAAUCCAGGGUUGAUUUUGAGAUCUCCGAAUUGGCUUUGAAGUGCUGGCGCAAGGUGGGCGAGUCCGGGUUGAACCUGGAGACCCCCAGUGAGCCCAAGUCCAAGAAGGCCAAGGUUGAAACCUCCCAGCCUGGUGAAGAGAAGUUCUCGGCGCCUCUUUUGCUCACUGAGAAUGACUUGGGAAACAACAACGCAGGCCGCAAAAACAUGUCAGCCUUUGUUUGGACCAUGAUCCAGGACUUUCAGAAGCAAUUCUGGACGAUCCUCCAUGGCGACAAUGUUCUCCAUUUGCCUGAAAAGAACAAAGUCCCAUGGGAAGAGUUUGCUGCCAAGAUUCCUGUGUACUUUCGCCGGAAGUACACGCGUGGCAGCAAAGCCUGGAAAGAGAUGUGUUCAGAGGAUCGCAAUCGCCCAUUUGGUGAUUUGGUCUUGCGAGAGUUGGACGGCAGACGCCCAACCGUGGGAACCAAGCCAAAGGUCUUCCUUGAGUGGCUUUUGUCGGUCCACAUGGAGACUGACGCGCUGAAGGCAUAG